CCUUCUUUAAACCAAAUUCAUAUCUGUUUCUUUCCGUAUGUGAAUCCCCCUCUUCCACAGAACCCCACACAAAGCCCCUCUCUCCCCCUUUGGAAUUUUAGGGUUUCAUUUUUUUUGACACACAGUGAUAAUCAAAACAGGAUUUUUCGUGUUCUUGAUCACUUAUCGUCUCUGAUAAUCACAAUUUACCUUCAAAAGUUGGGUUCUUGUUUACAAAUUCAGUGUUGAACCCUUAUUUUGCCUGCCGAUUGAUCGUUCAAUGCCUGUAUACAGUUUCGUUAUUAGGUUGUUAGAAAACCCUAGGGAGUUCGAAGCCGCUUACUUAGCGGCGGGCGAUUCUGCAGCCGUUACAGUGGAAGAUUAGUCGAUUAGUUUAUUGUUCUUGAUUUGGUAACAUCGUAUGGUUUUUAUUUGAUUUAUUGGGAAAGUAGGUUUCUUUUCUCGUGUUUGUAUGGCGCCGAGUCGGAGAAAAGGUGCCAGUAAAGCCGCCGCAGCCGCCGCUGCUUGUCGGCAGUGGAAGGUCGGCGAUCUUGUUCUUGCCAAGGUGAAAGGGUUCCCUGCUUGGCCUGCUACGGUUAGUGAGCCGGAGAAGUGGGGGUAUUCUACUGAUUGGAAGAAAGUUCUAGUCUUCUUCUUUGGAACCCAACAAAUAGCAUUCUGCAAUCCAGCUGAUGUUGAAGCUUUUACUGAAGAGAAGAAAGACUCUCUAUUAAGCAAACGUCAUGGUAAAGGUGCUGAUUUUGUUCGUGCUGUAAGAGAGAUAAUCGAUAGCUACGAGGAGCUCAAAAAACAGGUCCAAGUUGAUGAUGUUAAUACAACCGGUCCAACAAAUGUUGUCAAAUCAGAAGAAUGUGUUGCUAAUUCUAAGAAUGAGGCUCUCACACCUACCAUUGAUUCAAACACAAGAGUAGCAGAUUCUUCAAAACCUAAUGGCACUACGUGUGAGGGUGAUGCUGCUAAUGUUCAUCACACAGAGGUCAAAGUGUCUGAGGCUACUGGUAAUUCGGAGGCCACAAAAGCACCUGUGCCCACCACAUACUCAAGAAAGAAAUAUUCUGGUACUCAGACCUCAGGGAUUCAUGGAAGGGUGCCAUCUGCACGGAGGUCUGCAAGAACAGAUGCUUGCAGAUUUCCAAACCUCACAGAAGAUGUGGUGAUGAGUAAUGGUAAUUUAUCCAGCAUACCACAAAGGAGGACGAAAAGGGUGAGGACAUCACCUGGUUCACCGGAUAAAGAUUUACCUCUUGUAUCAAAUGCAAGCCCCGAAGAAAAUGGUUCUGAAAUUGUCACUGCUGAUUCUGACACCAAGAGUUUUAACGAGGGAAACUGUGUACAGUCUGGUUAUAAGCUUAUGGAACAGGAGGAUCAUGUCAUGGAAGACUUGCAGUUGAGUCAGACGCUUGAAUUCCAGACUAAUUCUGUCAUUGUCAAGAAGAAAAGAAAGCCCAGUAGAAAACGGGCCAUCACCGUUACAACCGAGUUCCCUGAUAGAAUUGACAAGCAAUCGGGCUCUGCCAUUGAUUCUGAAAAAUCUGCUGUGAAGUAUUCCAAGGAAGAUGGUGAUGAACAUUUGCCACUAGUGAAAAGGGCAAGGGUCCGUAUGGGUCGAACAUUAUCUAAUACAGAAGAGGUUGAAACUGCAAUCAAAAUAGAUAAACUUUCAGAACCUGCAAAUAACUGUGUGGUUUCAAGUGAUGCAGAAGAUAUAUCUGCAGAAGGGAACUCUUCGGGUGGUAGGGAAGAAGUAGAGCAAUCUUUUGCAUUGAAUAAUUGUAGUGUUAGCAAUAGCAAUAGCAAUAGCAAGCCUCCACUAUGGGAAGCUAACAAGAAUAAGCAUUUUGGUUGCCUGGCUGAUGGUGAAGCUGCUUUACCUCCUUCUAAGCGACUUCAUCGUGCUCUUGAAGCUAUGUCUGCUAAUGUUGCUGAAGAUGAGCAAGUUUCUAAUGGAGGACCUUCUACCAUGAAAACCAUUAUUAAUGGAUCUCUUUCACCUAGAGACUGCUCGAAAGAAACAGAUGAGUGUGAAGUAGAAAAGGAGAAACCUCUCAGCAAUGGUGAUUCUCAGGCUUGUACCAAUUUAGCUCCAGAUGUUGAACAGAAUAAGUCGAUUGAUGAGGUCAACAACACCUGUAGUCAACCUUCUAGCCCAGCAAAUGGGAUUUUGAAAGACGAAAAGCCAGUGGAAAUUGCUGAUUGUAAAGAUUCUGUCGUGUUGACUUCUUGUACUGAAACCGUUGAAUCAACUGAUGUCGUGAAAAGCCCAGAACCUUUGUCAGAUGCUAUUGAGAAGAGAGAAUCUGUUUCUGAAUGCAAUGAUACCCUAGUUGAGUCUAAAAAUGAAUGUGAGAUGGUAACUUUGGAGAUGACUGAACCUAGCAAGAAAGACCCAUCAGAUGUUUCUGGGAAAAGCUGCAAUAUGGUAGAACAAGAACAUCCAUUUGAAGAAGAUGAUAAUGCAAUACUGGAAGAUGGGGAAGGAGUUAAAGAAUCAAACAUGGAAGUAGAUGAAUCUCCAUCUUUGACCACCGAGAAAGAAGCUUUGAAGACAGUUGACCAGACGGGUCCCGCACUCGAACUCUCCCAUUCAAACUCUGUUAACAAUGAAGAUAGCUUGAGCGAUAAAAACGUGUCAGGUACCCUGACAUCUUCUCCUCCUCCUCCUCCUCCUCAUCCGAAUGAUGAUGCGUUUGACUCAACUGCACGAGCCUCUCCACCCAAUACUACUACUACUACUACUUCAAUUUGCAACAACAUAUCCACUUCAGAUAAUAGUAAUUUCCUUGAAAACAGUGGCUGUUCUAGUCCUGCAGCUGUGCAUUUAUACAAUGAUAAACAACAAAAGCAAACCGGCAAAUGGAGCACUAUGUCCGAAGCAAAUGCUGCUCUCACUUCCUUUGAAGCCAGUAUUGGGGCACUAACACGGACAAAGAAAAGCAUUGACCGAGCCACACGCAUUGCUAUCGACUGUGCAAAAUUCGGCAUAGCUGUCAAGGUGGUGGAGACUAUUGCACGCAGUUUGGAAGCUGAACCAAGUUUACACAAAAGGGUGGACUUGUUCUUCCUUGUGGACUCUAUUGCACAAUGUUCUCGGGGGCUUAGAGGUGAUGUGGGUGGUCUGUAUCCUUCUGCGAUCCAAGCAGUGUUACCACGGUUGUUGUUGGCUGCUGCUCCUCCAGGGAAUAGUGCUCUUGAAAACCGUAGGCAAUGCUUAAAGGUUCUGAAGCUGUGGCAAGAAAGAAAGAUUCUUCCAGAACCGAUGAUUCGUCACCAUAUUCGUGAGCUUGAUUCCCUCAACAACAUGUCUUCUAGAAUCAGUAAUUCUUCUCGCAGGCCCUUUAGGAAUGAAAGGGCGUUUGAUGACCCAAUUAGGGAAGUUGAGGGUAUGCUUGUAGAUGAGUACGGAAGUAAUUCGAGCAUACAGCUAUCUGGUUUUGAUAUCCCAACAAUGCUGAAAGAUGAAAAAGAAGGAAGCGAUUCAGAUGGGGAGGGUUUUGAGGCUGUUACUCCUGAACAUAACCAUGAAACAUCUGAAGAGCAUGAUGGGGUGGGGGUCACAGAUAAGCAUACCCAUGUGUUGGAGGAUGUUGAUGGUGAGCUUGAAAUGGAGGAUGUGGCCCCUUCUCGUGAGUCUGACAUAACUGCCCCUACUGCUAAUAAUAUCACCUUUCAGGAACCAUCUCAUCCACAUCAUCAACUUACACCCCAUUUGCCCUUGUUUGCCCCUCCACUCCCCAGAGACUUGCCUCCAUCAUCUCCACCUCUGCCGAAUUCUCCUCCUCCACCCCCUCCAGCCUCCCUUCCGCCACCUCCACCACCUCCACCUCCACCACCCACCCUUCCUCUGCCUCCACCGCCUCCUCCUCCUCCUCCUCUUCCUCUAGCGACUUUACCUCCGCCUCCCCCUCCUCCAUUGCCGGACGUUUAUGUAGCUAAUCAGAAUGGUAAUGAUGAUCCACAACAGUCGAUUGCUCAGCCAGUUCAUUUUCAUCCUCCUGAAGGCAGAAUGGAUAUGCAACCACCAGAGUCGUCUAAUUCUUCUUUCAGCAAUUUACCUGUCCAAGCCACCAAUAAUAAUGUGCAUCUGAGGCCACCUCACCCUGCUCCGUCAUCGCAGUUUUCAUAUUUCCAAUCAGAUCAGUCGAUUCCACCUCCUUCCUACCCUGGCAGGUUUCAUUUUGUCAAUGGUACAGAUACUGGUAACUUUCAUAGCGAUCAUGACAGAAUGCAGCAUGUGCAUGAUGACAGCUGGAGGUUUCCACCCCCUCCAUUCUCUGGUCCAUGUCAUCCUGAUGGGCCUAGAGGAGUACAUUAUCCCCCAAAUAUGUAUGCGGGUCCACCUUGCGAUCCACCAAUGUCCAACACCUGGCAUUAUCCCGUCCGACCUGCAAAUCAUAGACCAUACCCUGAAGCACCAGUUCCCAUGGCAACUAGAGGUCCUAACUUUUGGAGACCUCGAUGACCCUUGUCAAAUACUCUCAUUAGAACUCCUUUUAACCUACAAGAGACCAAAUUUUCAUUUGAAUCACAGUUGUACAACAAUCAUCAAGCAAGACCCUAUUGCUGAUUAAACAAUGCACAGAACAUUUCCAUUCUAAAAGAAGAAGAUGCAUAAUGCAAGAGUGUACAUGAACAUAUUUCAAUAUUGAGGAUGGCUCCAAAGCUACUGACAUUUCUUGAUGUCUGCAACAUCCUGUCAUCUUUGGAUUUUUUGCUGUUUUGUUCUUUGAGGGCUAUCAAGAUGUUGUGGUUCCAUGUUUAAGCCAAAUGUUGGUGAUGUUUUUUUUAAUCGUUGGUUGUUAGUUAUUUGGAAUCAGGCUAAAGUUAGAACUUGGUCUUGGGUGUACAUUAUGGAGAUGUCUUGGGUUCAAAUUUGAAAUAUAAUUGUUGCUUCUUUUCACCUUGAUGUUGGUUUGUUUCUCAUCUCAGGUGCUAUGUGUUCAAGCUGAAACUUGGAGGGAUCAAGUAGUGCCCCUAUAUUUCUUUGUGCUUUGUUUUAUGUUCAGGGGGCAUUUAUUUAAAUGGUCGACCUGUAAGGAAGCUCAAAGCCUCCUAUAUUUCUACCAUUUUAUCACUUGUUUCUCUCUGGUAUCGACUUAAGCAAAAAAAUUGUCAAAAGUAUUCUUGCUUUUAGUCAAUAUACAUGGGAAUAAGUUUCAUGUACAUAUUUGAAUUGGGAAACAAAGGUUUACGUCACAUCUGUUACGGAUUUGCACCAUGGUAUCUAAACAGGGACUUAACAAUUCAUCCACAUCUGGGUUACAACUUACAAAUCCUUUAGGUGGGACCUUAGUGACCACACAUACUUGUCUUUUAUAUCAAGAGAAAAUAACUAAUAAGCCAUCAUUCAAG